UGUUUUUGUGGUCGCUCGCUCGCCGUGUGCAGGCUCUGCGCUAGAAUAGAGACACCCACCCUUACUUACGCUCCUUUGAAAGCGAAUGCGAACUUCAACGGGAGAGAGUAUACACGUCACCUAAAUAGAAGUUUAGUUUUUAAUUAUAGCCUAGUAUUUUUGUAGGUAUCCAUUUACUCCCUAUUCUUCCAGGCUCCCCUUUUUCAAGUCCGGGAGGUCAAAGAAAGCGAAUGCUUCAGGUGGGUGGCUGGCAUCCAUCUGUUUCCCCCUAAGUUUUUGGGACAUUUUCUAAGGUGUGCCACUGCAUGAACAAGGAGACAGUGGUCUGAGAGUGUAUCUGCGCUCUUGUGACACUCUUGAGCCAAUGCUAUUGCUAUGCAAUAGAUGUGACGACGGACCCAAGUGUCGCUCAGAAACGGUGCAUCUCUGUGAAACACGAUGAAAGACGACUUUGCAGAUGAGGAGGAAGUGCAGUCUUUUGGCUACAAGAGGUUUGGAAUCCAAGAAGGAACUGAAUGCACUAAAUGUAAAAAUGACUGGGCCCUGAGGGCAGCGAUUGCUCUUCUAUACGUGCUGUGUGCUCUGCUUACCAUCGCCGUAGCAGUGCUGGGAUACAAAGUGGUGGAAAGGAUGGACAACGUCACAGAAGGGAUGAAGAGCUAUGGAGGGAAGAUUACAGAUGUGGAGACAGACCUAAAGAAACUGGAUGCCCAAACAGGUAAGAAAUCUGAAAACGCCACCAGUGAAUUAAUGUCCUUUAAGUCGGACAUUCAGAUGUUGCAGCGCCAAGUGCAUGACAUUGCCAAUAAGGCGAACAUUAACCAGGCAGCUUUGGAUGAACUACGGGAAGUGGGAGAGGACAUGCAUAGUGGCCACAUCACCCUGCGGGGGCUGCUGGACAGCAAUGCCAACACCAUCCGCAGCGUGAACAGCACGCUGACCAUGUACAGCACCCUGAUCAAUGGGCUGAAAGCAGACACGGAGCGUCUGCACUCGGGCUUGCUGGUCCAGACCACGGACCAGAGCCGCGCCUUGGUCAGCAUCAGUGCCCUCAACAUCACGCAGGCCCAGCAGCGGAACCUGAUCGGCAUCCUGCAGCGGUCGGUGGAGGACACCAGCCAGGCCGUGCAGAAGCUGAAGAACGACUACCAGGGCCUGCAGCAGACGGCCCGACAGACCAAGGCCGACGCCGACUGGCUGAGGGACAAGGUUCAGAACCUCCAAGUGCUGGCCGCCAAUAACUCUGCCCUCGCACGAUCCAACGGCGAGGCCCUGGAUGACAUGGGCUCACAACUCGGUACCUUGUCCGAGCAGGUGCAGAACGCCUCGUCUGUGUCUGAGGGUCACGACCAGAGCUUGCGCGAGCUCAUGGACCGGCAGCGGGACCAUGACAACGCCACUGCGGUCAAGUUCGACCGGCUGGAGGCACGCCUGGACGGCCUGGAGAGUGACAUGGACCGCGUAACGGGCAACGUGAGCUUCACCACACAGCUGCUCGGCGCCAUCAGCACGGAUCUGAAUGGCCUGAGGUCCUGCACCGAGACGGUCACCCGUCACUCGGACCUGCUGCUGGGGCUGAACAGCAGCGUGGCCGAAGCCAGGGCCGACGGCACCGAGCUCCGGACCCAGCAGGACGAGCUGGCGGCCAGGCUGGACAAGGAGGUGAGCAGUCUCUCCUUGGUCAUGGAGGAGAUGAAACUGGUGGACACCAAGCACUCGCAGAUCAUCACCAACUUCACCAUUCUUCAAGGGCCUCCUGGACCAAGGGGCCCUCGGGGUGAUAAGGGACCCACAGGCCCAGCAGGGAAGCAAGGCCCUAAAGGUGACCCUGGGGACAAGGGAAUGACAGGCGCACCCGGUGCCAAAGGAGAAAGAGGUCCCCCUGGACUUCCAGGGAUACCAGGACUCAAAGGGUCGGCUGGAUCCAGGGGAUCGCCCGGAUCCAAGGGUUCCAGAGGGUCAGGAGGUCGCGCUGGUCCACCUGGUGAGAAGGGUGAGCCGGGUGCACCGGGUCUGCCAGGGAGAGAUGGACAGCCUGGCCCCCAGGGGCCACAAGGCCCACAGGGACCCAGGGGACCAGCUGGGGCUGAAGGUGCAGAAGGUCCACGCGGGCAGGUUGGCCCCAUUGGCCCUCCUGGACCACCCGGGCUGCCAGGGUUACCUGGUCAGACAAUAACAGGCCCGGUAGUACCGCAGCAAGUCAAGGCCCCAGAGCCCACACCAUUCCCCGGUUGCCCACUACAGUGGAGGAACUUCGGAGACCAAUGCUACUAUUUCUCAUCUGGAGCAGAGAGACUAAAUUUUGAUGAAACAAAAGAACUCUGCAGUAACAAGUCAGCCACCAUGCUCAUUAUUAAUGACAACACUGAGCAGCAAUGGAUACGAAAGCAAAUUGUAGGGAAAGGCUACUUUUGGCUCGGCUUGACUGACAGCGAAGAAGAAAACAUCUGGAGAUGGGUUGAUGGGAGCCUGCCAGCUUUCACAAAAUGGAAACCAGGCCAGCCUGACAACUGGAGCCAUGGGCAUGAGGAGGGAGAGGACUGCGCAGGGCUGAUCCAUGAAGCUAGCCACAGUAAGAACAGGAUAAACUUGCUUGUUUUCAUUUCGGCAAUGCCUCUGUUCACGUCUAACCCCUUUGACCAAGAUGUUGAGAAAGCAACCAGUGAGAUGAACACAGCAGAGGACUGGGGUCUCAUAUUGGACAUAUGUGAUAAGAUCGGACAGUCGCGCACAGGGCCAAAAGAAUGCCUGCGGUCUAUAAUGAGACGAGUCAACCACAAGGAUCCUCAUGUAGCCAUGCAAGCAUUGACGCUACUAGGUGCGUGUGUGUCAAAUUGUGGCAAAAUAUUCCACUUGGAGGUCUGCUCUAGGGAGUUUGCUAGUGAAGUCAGCAAUGUCUUGAACAAGGGCCACCCUAAGGUGUGUGAGAAGCUAAAGGCCCUCAUGGUGGAGUGGGCGGAGGACUUCCGUAACGAUCCUCAGCUCAGCCUGGUCUCAGCCAUGAUCAAGAACCUGAGGGAGCAGGGUGUCACCUUCCCUGCUGUGGGCUCACAGGCUGCGGAGCAAGCUAAAGCCAGCCCUGCAUUAGUGGCCAAAGAUCCUUCCACAUCAACAAACAAAAAAGAGGAGGAGGACCUUGCUAAAGCCAUCGAGCUCUCCCUUAAGGAGCAGCGUCUGCAGACCCAGACGUCGCUCUCCAGCCUCUACCCCAGUGCCAGCAGCCUGCUCUCCUCCACCAGCAAGCCGGAGGGGCGCAAGGUGCGUGCCAUCUAUGACUUCGAGGCUGCCGAGGACAACGAGCUCACCUUCAAAUCUGGAGAGAUCAUCACCAUUUUGGAUGACAGCGACCCCAACUGGUGGAGGGGCGAGACGUACCAGGGAGUGGGCCUGUUCCCUUCCAACUUUGUGACCGCAGACCUGACGGCGGAGCCCGAAAUGAUGAAGACAGAGAAGAAGACGGUACAGUUCAGCGAGGACAUCCAAGUAGAGACUAUGGAGCCAGAGCCAGAACCAGUCUACAUUGAUGAGGAGAAGAUGGACCAGCUGUUGCAGAUGAUCCAGAGUGCAGAUCCAACAGAUAACCAGUCGGAUCCUGUGGAGCUUCUGCAGCUGGAGGGUGCUUGUAACCAGAUGGGGCCGCUUAUUGAUCAGAAACUGGAGGACAUUGACAGGAAGCACUCUGAGCUGUCCGACCUGAACGUGAAGCUGAUGGAGGCUCUGUCGCUGUACGCCAAACUCAUGAAUGAGGACCCAGUAUACGCCAUGUACGCUAAACUCCAGAGUCAACAGUACUACAUGCAGCAGCCGGCCAAUGCUUCCCAACAGGUGUACCCAGGCCAGGCCCCAGCAGGCUCGUAUGCCAUGAGCGGCACAGCAGUGCAGGGCUACAGCGUGCCACUGGAACAGCACGCCUCCAUGAACCAGGCCGGAGGCCCCAUGCCAGGCCAGCCAAAUCCCAGUGACGUGCACAUGUACAUGGGCCAGCCUGGCAUCUACGGCCCCAACCAAGGAACCAUGGGGCCCGGCGAGGUGCCCUCCUAUCAGAACCCCUCCAGUGUGCCAGCCGGAAUGGGCCAGCCCCCUAGCUACAAUGCCCACACCACCCAGAGCCUUCCAGCCCCCUCCGAGGGACAGCAGGUCCCUUACCCUGCUGAGAAGGCCUUGCUCUAAGGCCGGCACAGACAGACUGAGACCCACCCGGCCCCCUUUUCCCCCGUUUCUGUCUGACACACAAGGCGCACAUGUAUAUGCAGUCACAUGCAAAUUAUGCAGAUUCCCUAGCCCGGUUAUGCACAUAAAUAGACUUACAAAAUCUUUCAGAACACUAACUUUUAGUUCAACAUACACAUACAUACAGUAUGUUCACACUACACACACACACACACACACACACAGUCCAAAUAUGUAGGUGUAUAGUUCUCUGACCGUUGUUACCACUGAGUUUACAGUCAGUGGUGAAGAGGCAAUGAGCAUCUUUUUACAUUUUUCAUUUCUUUUUAAGACUGGACAUUUGUCAGAAAGGAGCACUCGGCCAUUUCAUGUGACGCAUCUUUAAUUUUUAGUAUCACUAAAGACUGGAAACCAAGUUGAGGAAGGCUGAGAGGACAGUGCCAGAUGAAGGAACAGGAAUAAGCAUGCAUACUUUGUACAUAGCAUACUGCCUGCCUGCCUGCACAGGUGGCCGUAGCAUCAUGGCUGCUGUGGCAGAGCCCUGAAGGACAGCAGGGGCCCACUCCCUCCUACAGGGUCUACCAAACUCCUCAAAGUCCUCAUAACGUAAGCUGCCUCCGAAGACCCGCGGAGGAGAGAUCAAACACUCACACACACAUAGACAUGUAUACACACACUCACACACACAUAGACAUACACACACACACACACACACACAGACAUACAUAUAUGCAUACAUAUACAUACAUACAUACAUACAUACACACAUACACACACACAUACAUACCUACUCCGCUACAGGUGCUGGCUGGUGUUCUGGUCAGUGUCCCAUGGUGUCUAUAGGCAUCAGUUUUGCUCAGUGUUAAAUUUAUACCAUGCAUUUUUUUUGUAGCGUGAUUUUUAAUUUAUAAUUUCUGAAUUAUUGUUAUUGCUAUUUUUAAUGCACAGUUGUGUGUGUAUAAGAGGAAACAAAAAAGGACAGAAAUAUUCUACCUGUUGUAAGAGGCUUGGGACUCCCCAUUUUAGUUUGAUUCUGUAGACUCAGAAUGGCUGCCUGCUCUGAGAGAUGGAGCCCGACACUGCACGUCAGGUAGUGAUUAUUACUGUACAUCCAUGCACUUUUGAUUUUACCCUGACAUCUCGGAAUGUUUCUGUUUCAACACUAGAGACCACCCUGACUGAAUCCUUAAAACUCCCAGAAAUGCAAAACUGGUCCGCUCAUCUCAAGCCAGACUAGAUUUCAAAACUCUAAAGAUGCACUCCUUAAAAGCAAACAAGAGAUGGCUCUCAUGAUUUCAGUUGAUUAACUGAUCAUUCAUUCUUGAAGACAGAAUAUGAAGUCCAUCUUAGAGAUAUAGGUCACUGGAUAAAUGGCAGGCCCCUGCUUACCAAAGCCAGAGUCUCUCCUGUGCUGGAUGGUGCUCAGCUCAGAUUGGAGACUAAAUGUGCUUGUGGACGUGGAUGCUGAGUGGGACUAGAGUGGUGGACACUGAUAUUCUCACUGGGUUUCAUCCAGUGGUGGACUGAGUGACUGUCCUGCUCCAGUCUCUCCCUUUGAUGCCCCACUGUGUAGAUGAAAUGUGAAGGAUAGGAAACAUGUUUUUGGGAAAUUCUACCCUGGGACCACAAGCCAGUCUUAAAUAAGCACUCCUUUUGCACAUGGAGUUGGGAGGUAGAUGUCCCAGAUCGAAACUUUGUCCACAGGGAAACGUGACUGGUUUUAUGUUUUGAAAAAAAAGUGGUCGAUUCUUGUGUCAGUUUUGCGGUUAUGUUCCAAUGUAGCCAGCUGUUUGUAUGUACAAAUUUAAUCAUCUUAAUUAUAAUUAGUAUUCACAAUAAAACUAGGUCAAAUGUAUAUAA